CGCCCGGUUCUCGGCCCAGGCCGCUCUCCGCACGCCGGUGGGCGUCGGUCGGCUCCCGAGCCGGGCCCGGGACCACCCACCGCCGGGCCGGGUGCACGGCGCGGGAUGUCGGCGAGCUUUCGCUUCCGGGAGCAGGCGGUUCAGCCGGCCAGGGGCAUGCCCUCCUGGAGCUGUCGCGGGUGUGCAGUGAGCUAACGCAGGCCGAACGCCGAGCGCGGCCGGCACCGGUCGGCGGGCCCUGGGCUCCUGCCUCUCCUCGCGCCCGGGCUCCCCCAGCGCCAGGGGCUUGCGGCCCCGCCGGUCUGUGGCCGCGCUGCUCUUCGCCUCCGCGCCUCCGGGAGCGGCCACUGCUGUCGCCAGUAGUGCCGUUAGGAGGGUCUUGGGAGUCCCUACUGUGUGUCCGGCGCGACUGGACGGGGAGUAAGUGAAAGCCCGAGGACUGGGACGGGACGGGGAGGAGGCUUCCGGGAAUUACCUGCUUUCGGUUGCGCGGAGCUGUCGGUGGACUGCACGUCGCAUCACCGCGGUGAUUGUCCUUGUCGUGGCAGGGCUUGGUGAAAGCGGGGAGGACUCAGGCAGGCUUCUUGUAGGGCGGGUGGGGUUUGAGCUGAGACUGUAGGAACGGGGCGUCGCAGGGAAAGGCUCGGAGAAAGGAUGAAGUGCUGUCCUUGUUUCUGAGGGAAAUCCAGGCUCCCACCGGUGACCUCCUCCCACCGUCCGUGUCAAGUUUCAUCUGUGUUUUUCACCGUGAGAAAUGAUUGUUGCGGCACCUUCUUUGAACGAGGGGCGCACUGGCUGCAGUCAGAUAACAGGCCUAGUUUUCCACUUUGUCAGGAAAGGAAAAGUAGGAUUUUCUAAUUUGUCACAUAAAUUUGCUCCGCCCCCUGGCAGCUGCAGCUCUGCAGGCAGCCAGAUGCAAGCGCUCCUUGGUCCCUCACCUGUGCCGGGCACGGGGCGUGCAGAGUGGCGUGACCUUCGAGUGUGGCCGCCAGGAACCUGCUGUUGAGGAGAAAACACACCCGUGCCCACUGGUACCGUGGAAUCCACUCCUGCUACUCCCGGCUCCAGCGGGGGCCGGCGGGCGGUGGGGGGAGCACGAAGGAGUUGGCGCCCAGCUCGCCCUGUGAGGGUCUUCGGUCCGUGUACUUACCUGUUGGCAUUGUGCGUAGCGCUUUGCAAAGAGUCCCCUGAUUUCUGGGUUCCUCACGGUUUACUAAGCGUUGGGAGAGGGCAGGACCACACCGCCAUGCCGCUGACUUUCGACCUGGCCCCAGGUCCUCGAGUUGCCUUCCAGCCGCCUGAACUCUGGGGUGUGAUUUCUCGCCUCAUGUGUUCUUCCCAUGCUUCCCCUGCUCCAGAUUUUGACAAGUUUCUUUCCACUGGGAAGAGGCUGCAGCAGUCCUGGUGUGCAUGGUCCAAGCAUAGGUGCUUUGGCAAGGGUGGGCUGGGCCAGGUUUGCUUGGACUCAUUUUUAAGCUCCAGAGCUGCUAAGGUGCUGGGUGGGAGCUGCCUGCAGGUGGGCUGUGGGGGUCCCUGUGAGGCCCAGCACCUCUGGUCUUGGGCCAGUGGGCACCUGAGCCUUUCAGCAGAGUCUGAGUCCUGUGAGGGGGCUGGGCAGGGGGAUCCUGUUGCUUCCGGCCCUUCAGACCCAGCCCCACUGCCCACCCACCCGGUGUGGGCUUCAGGAUUCCCACCUCCAAGCUCGGGUGUGGCAUUGCCCAGUUGUGGCAGUGCACACUCCGGCAGGCUCUCUAGAACUCUCAAUAGUAGGGAUGAUUGUCCCCAUUUUACAGAUGAGGAAACUGAGGCCCAGAGAUGGGGAGCCACUCUCCCGGUGAGCAUGGCCGGGCUCGGUUAUGAUCCGUAUAACCCCGAGCUGCCCAAGCCCCCCGUGCAGAGGGAGAAUGGAGCGCUGGGCAGGGGGGACGAGCCCCGCUCGGACAUCCUGGAACUGGAGCUGGUCAACCAGGCCAUCGAGGCUGUGCGCUCGGAGGUAGAGCUCGAGCAGCGGAGGUACCAAGAGCUCCUGGAGACGGCCCGCGAGCACAGCUCCGCCGAGACCCCCGCCGUGGUGCCCCGCGGCCCUGCCGCUUGCCUCACUGCCGGCCUGGACGAGGACGCCUUCCCACUGUCCUUUGAUUAUAACCCUGGUGGCCGCCCCAGCCUGUUAGGCCCUGACGCCAGCUACCAGCCCAGUCCUCUGGCUGCUGCCAGUGAGGCCGGUAGCAAGUACUCACUGGUCUCUCUGGGUCAGGUGCAGGGCCGAGGUGGAGGGGGCGGUGGCACCCUGGAGUACGUCCCCAAGGCUGUGAGCCAGCCCCAGAGACACGGCCGCCCCGUCCCCAGCAGCAAGUACGUGCUGGACGACUCCAAGCCGUCCACGGACCUGGAGUAUGACCCACUGUCCAACUUCUCCGCCCGGCUGCUCAGCAGGGCCAGCUCCAAGGACGACAGGGCCCCCAAAAGGCCCAGGGGCUCCCGCGGCAGCGAGCCCUACACGCCUGCCCUCAAGAAGCCCUGCGACCCCUUUGCCGGCUGCGAUGCCAGGUUUUCAGACUCGGACGACGACGCCGCCGCAACUCCGGCCCCUGUGCCUGUCACCACCAGCCCCUCGAGAGCUCAGGCGGGCCCUGAGAGCAAGGCCCCUGGGCUGUCAGGCUCCAGGGAGGGCCAGGAUGCCGAGGAGGGCGGCCCGCGGGAGACCAAGGAGAUGGCGGUGCAGUAUGACGUGGAGGACCUCGGGCAGCCCCCCAAGGACCCUGGGGGGAUGCCUGUGGCCAAGCCCAGCUCUCCGGCCAGGGCCUCCCGGGAGCCCAGUGGCUCCAAGCAGGGAAGACCCAAGAAGAAGAAGAGUGGGGCAGCGCCCGACCCCGGCCACAAGGACAGCGUCCGGAAGAAGGACAGGGGCAGAGAUGGAGAGCGCGGGAGGCCGGCCGGGAAGCCCUGUGCAGACCGGAAGGGCCCACAGGCUGGCGGCCCCCGGCAUAGGACCGAGCCGCCCGAAGGGACCAAGAAAAAGCCAUCUUCAGCCACCCCAGUGGCCAGCUCAGGGAAAAGCCGGCCUGACCGUGGGGGUGUCCCCCAGCUGCCAAACAGGACUGGCGGGAAGACCGCGUCAGGCAAGCUGGCCGAGCGGAAGGCCCGCUCCCUGGAUGAGGGGGCCCCCCGGGACGCCCCGAAGCUGCAGAAGCGGGCCCUGAGCCACGCAGACCUCUUCGGGGACGAGAGCGAGGAUGAGGGCCCCGGACCCGCGGCGCCCCCCACCGCCCCACCCCGCCUCAGCUCCAUCUCCGACUCGGACUCGGACUCCGACAGCAGCCUGGGCGGCUCGGCCGCUGGGGGCCCGCGCAAGCGCCUCAAGGCCCCCCCACCCACCAGGCCUGCCCCCGCCUCUCCCUCCUCGUGCUCCUCCUCGUCCUCGUCCUCGUCCUCCUCCUCCUCUGGGCCAGGCGGGGGUGUGGACUACUCCGCCCUGGAGAAGGAGGUCGACUUUGACUCGGACCCCAUGGAGGAGUGUCUGCGCAUCUUCAACGAGUCCACCAGCGUCAAGACGGAGGAUAGGGGCCGGCUGGCCCGGCAGACCCCCACGGAAGAGAAGAUCGAAGACAAGGGGCAUUCGGGGCUGACCACUCUGUUCCCUGGGCAGAAGAGGAGAAUUUCUCAUCUCUCCAAGCAGGGCAAGGAGGCGGAGCCCGUGAGGAGAGGCCCAGCUCCCCCUGCCCGGCCUCCCACCGCCCAGGAGGUAUGCUAUCGGCGGGCCCAGCAGGCCCAGAGGGACUCUGCCAACUGGCUCCAGGCUACCCAGCAGCCGGCAGAGAAGCCCUCCUCCAUCCACAUCUCAGCCCCUGGCGAGAAGAGGAGGAUCGCGCAUGUCCCCAACCCCCGCCUGGCUGCCGCCCCCACAGGUGCCAAGAGGGCCCUAGCCGCCAGCAGCAGCCAGCCUCCCAAUGGCCCCGAGCCGGGCAGCCAGCCCCUGAAGGCGCGCACGUUGUCAGGCAUGGCAUCCAAGACCACCACCACCAUCACCCCCAAGCGCGUCGCCCACAGCCCAUCUUUACAGAGUUUAAAGAAGCCCAUUAUCCCGAAAGAGUUUGGGGGCAAAGUCCCCACGGUCAUCCGCCAACGGUAUCUCAACCUGUUCAUUGAAGAGUGCCUCAAGUUUUGCUCCUCGAACCAGGAAGCCAUAGAGAAGGCGCUGAACGAGGAGAAGGCGGCCUACGACCGCAGUCCCAGCAAGACCAUCUACCUGAACGUGGCCGUGAACGCGCUGAAGAAGCUGCGGGGCCUGGGCCCCAGCUCCGCGCCCCGGCUCACCAAAACCAUCGGCCGGAGGCUUGUGUCCCAUGAGAUGGUGCUGGGGGGCAAGUUGGCCACCAAGACCAGCUUCUCGCUCAGCCGCCCGAGCAGCCCCCGAGUGGAGGACCUGAAAGGGGCCGCCCUGUAUGGCCGCCUCAAGGAGUAUCUGCUCACCGAGGACCAGCUCAAAGAGAACGGCUACCCCUUCCCUCACCCCGAGCGGCCUGGGGGGGCCGUCAUCUUCACGGCCGAGGAGAAGAAGCCCAAGGACUCGUCCUGCCGGAUCUGCUGCCGGUGUGGCACCGAGUACCUUGUGUCUGCGUCUGGCCGCUGUGUGCGCGAGGAGGAGUGCUACUACCACUGGGGGCGGCUCCGCCGGAACCGGGUGGCCGGCGGCUGGGAGACCCAAUACACAUGCUGCUCAGCCGCCAUCGGCUCCACUGGCUGUCAGGUUGCCAAGCAACAUGUGCAGGACGGCCGGAAGGAGAACCUUGAAGGCUUUGUCAAGACUUUCGAUAAAGAACUUUCGGAAGACGCUCACCCCGGGAUCUUCGCCCUUGACUGUGAAAUGUCCUACACCACGUACGGCCUGGAGCUGACGCGCGUCACAGUAGUGGACACGGACAUGCACGUGGUGUACGACACCUUUGUCAAGCCGGACAAUGAGAUCGUGGACUACAACACCAGGUUUUCAGGGGUGACCGAGGCUGACCUUGCCGACACGAGCAUCUCGCUCCGGGACGUCCAGGCCGUCCUGCUGAGCAUGUUCAGUGCCGACACCGUCCUCAUCGGACACAGCCUGGAGAGCGACCUGCUGGCCCUGAAGGUCAUCCACAGCACUGUGGUGGACACGUCCGUGCUCUUCCCGCACCGCCUGGGCCUCCCGUACAAGCGCUCCCUGCGGAACCUCAUGGCCGACUACCUCAGACAGAUCAUCCAGGACAACGUGGAUGGGCACAGCUCCAGCGAGGACGCCAGCGCCUGCAUGCACCUGGUCAUCUGGAAGACCCGAGAAGACGCCAAGACCAAGCGGUGACCGCUGCCGCCCGCCCGCCUUCCCCGCGGCCCCGGCCCGGCCUCUGCCCCAGCCUCUUCCAAAACAGUGCAAUAAAUCUCGAGAGCUAACCCUGUCCACGUCGCCAAGACAUGGAAACAGAGCGGGAUGAGCCGGCGGUACAAGAGCCCCGCACGGAGACCACCUGCAGCCCUGCCCCCCACCCGGCCCCGCGCCGCCCCUGCCUUCUGUCCUCUGGAGACUGCUGCUGACUCCCGGAGGAGGCCGGACAGACGUUCCCCGCUCCCCCCGGCCCCCGGCCCGCUGCGUCCCUGGCAGCCAGGCCUCCUGGCUCUCCGGCCGGGCAGGCUUUUCAUGGGUGUGUUCGAGACAGGGGUUUUUUUAUUUUGUAUUGUUAUUUUUAUUAUUUGUAAUUUAAACCUGGCGACUUGCACAGUUGUCUUUUCCCCACUCGGAGAAGCAAGACCCUGGUGCUGCCUUCCCUGUUGGGGGAGGGGGAGAAGUUGGGGGGCCGGGGGCCGAGAAGCUGGCACUUGGGCAGCCACCAGGACCAAGAGUCCAGCCUGGCCUGGGCCAGACGGGUGGGAACUGGACUCCAUGACCUCUAGGAACCAAGCCAGCCCCCCCCCCCCGCCACUCCCCCCCAGGGCCUCACCUUCCGGACCCCUUCAGGGCGCCUCAGCCUCUGGACCCUGUCUUCCGGCCGGAGCCCCACCCUCCCCAGGGGCUGUCUGUAAAGGCCUGCAGCCUCCCCAGGGCCCUGAGUCCUUCCCCAACCCGAGGCAGGGACAGAAUAAAUGUUUGUAUGGAUUUUA